UGGCCCGUAAACUCCCUUCCGUCUAACAUAUGUCGUAUUAAUUUUUCUAAAGACUCAAAAUUAUUGUUUACUUUUUUUCGUGCUUUGGUCUUAUUCACACAGUCGGUUGCGUUUUUUGGAGGUAAUUUUACGCGACUCGAUAGGUGGGAUUGUACCCAACCGAUGCUGUCAAUUCGGUUUAUUCGCGGGUUGAAGUCCAAUAAUCUGGCACACCACAGAGUUCUAUACGAUAGCUUGCAGUCUGUGGCUAGAGGUAAAACGAGGAAGAAAAAGAUGAUCUGUCGAAAAGAUAUGUCGCUAAUAUGCUUAUGGACUUUCAAUUGGUUAUACAACGAUGAUUUUUUAUAUUGUUAUAUAGCCUUGAUCAGCGGCGGACUGGUUCAAUUUUGUAUGUAACAAUACCAUAAAUUGAACCCUUUAAACUUCUAGUCUUUCGUUGUGGACCAACAAACUGUAUGUAGGAAAACUGGCACUUGCCAGUUUGUAACUAACAUUGAGAAAUCAUCUCAUAGCCUAUUAUAGCGACAUAUCUUUACAUCACGGCCUCUUAAAAUCGUCGCUAUACAUCUCUAAUCAAUAACACGUACGUGUAAACUAUCCAAUUACCUAAAACGAAUUGUUUGUUAUCAACCCGAAAACAUUUAAAACGAUACCAGUAUAUCAGUGUCCAUUUUAUGAUUCAGUUCAGUUUUAACUUGUUUCGGUUCAGUUUAACUUCUAAAGAUCAACAUAAUAAUUUAUUCUAAAUUUUUUUUUUUUUUAAUUUAUUCCAUGAAAAAGUUUAAAAGAAGCCGUAGAAGAUGAUAAUACAAGAAUAUGUAGUCCCGUUUACAAACGUUAAAUUUGUAGUCAUUACUUUCCUUCUUACAGUUAUGGGCAAACGAACGAGUUAUAGAAUAAGAAUAAGUACCUUACUGUUUAUAUGAUGUUUCACGUUAUACUACACUUCUAAUCCAUUAUCCAUGACUAUUUUUUCUAAGUUCUGGAGCUCCAAAUUCCAAACACUCGUUGUCAUUAUUCUUGUACAUAAAUGAUUUUGUAUUCCUAAGAAAUUUAAAACUUAAACCAUGGUUGAAUGUAGUAUUAAUAAGUAUACCAAUUUUUGAGCAAACCGAGAAAUAAAAUAAAAAUAAAAAUGUUUCAAAACGUUUGAAAAUCGAAUAAUGAAGGAAGGAUGAUGGUUAGAACCAAUAUUUAACAUCAUUGCAAAUCUUUAGAGGUCGAUGGCCUUCUCUACUAAAUUAGCCUUUUAUUACAAAAAGUACUCUUGGGACUAGUUCCCUUUUAACGAAUUUUCCUACGGUUUGGAGGAUGUAUACGAUGAAGAGGGCUUGGGGGAAGGAUUUUUUGCAACUAGAAAAUAUCCCUGGAGAUCAAUUUCGAAAGAAAAGUAAGCCAAGCAAGAAACCCACUCUCUCUUCUCUUAAUAAUCAUUCACAUGACGCAAUAUGCACACAUCUUCUCUCCUCGAGUCCGCCAUCUAUGCAUAGACACAACGCAAAUGUAUGAUUGUUGUGUCAGAAGAGAGAUAAAGAGCCUUCUCUCUCUAGCUUUUGGGGAUCUAUAUAACAGACAGUGUCUCCCUUUGUUCUCUUUGUCCCUCUGCCUUCCAUACACACAGUUUGUCUCUCUUUCUCUCUCUCUCUUUUCGUUUACUCUGCGUCUCAACACUCCUUCCCAGAAGAAAGAAAGCCAGCAAUGGAGAGGCUAAACUCGAAGCUAUACGUGGAGAACUGUUACAUAAUGAGAGAGAAUGAGAGGCUACGGAAGAAAGCUGAGCUUCUGAAUCAAGAGAACCAACAGCUUUUGUUUCAACUCAAACAGAAACUCUCCAAAACUAAGAAGAACCCUAAUGGAUCAAACAAUGACAAGAAUCUUUGCUCAUCAAGCUCUGCUUCUGGACAAUCCUGAAUUAAAAUCAAGAAAUGUUAGAGCAGAUAUUUGGAAUUGGUAGAAGAAAAGACCCAAUCUUCCUAGUUUUUGUUUGUUUGUUGUUGUUGUUGGUUAUUUGGUGUAAUGCAAGGAAGAUAUUAGUAAUAUCUAGUAGGUUGUUAUGAAUAGAAGAUUCUCUCUUGUGUCUCUCUGUUAGUCUUAUCAGUCAUAUUUUACAUUUGUUUCUAUUUUCUAUCUUAAUUGAAGAUCUCUUUUGCUUUC